AUGUUGAUUUAUCAUCCUGACACUUCCAAUAAGGACAAACGGAACAGGUUCGGUAUUUCUGUGUGCUUCCAGCUGCUUUUGCUGAUUUCUACAUGUGUAGCUAAAGAUAUGCCUGUUAUUAAAGUUUUCAAUUUCGAAGACAAUAUCAAAGAGGGUGACAUCGUUUCUGUCAUGUGCUUAACAAUAGCUGGUGCACAGCCUAUUACAUUUGCAUGGGAAAAAAACGGUGAGGAACUACAGACGUCUAAUAAUCUCAUUAACAUUGAGAACAGCCCUGUUGUAUCUGUCCUUAUUCUAAAUGGAGUGUCUACCUCAAGUGAUGGAAAUUAUACUUGUUCUGCAAAAAAUAACUUUGGCAGCAGCCACCAUACAGCCUCUCUUACAGUUAAAGCUGCUUCUAAAUGGGUACAAAAACCCAGCGAUGUUACCACAGUAGUUGGUGAUUCCAUUAAUGUAUUCUGUUCUGCAAUUGGUUCACCCAAACCGAAAAUAUUAUGGAAAAAAUACUCAGGCUCUUCGUACGAAAGAGUGAACUUCACUUUCAACCAGAACGGGGACUUUAGGAUACCAUCAGUCACUUACAAUGACGCUGGAACUUAUCAAUGCACGGCAGACAAUGGAAUACCACCAGCGAUACAAACUAAUUUUACAAUAACCAUACGUGGUAGGACUUAA